AGUCGGUAAAGUAAGACUCCCCUGAGGGGGUAGUCCGAAGGCGGUGAAAGGUUCAGUAGUUGCGCCGCGGCCCAAGGGGACGAAAGCGACCGGAGGGACGCGCUGGAGGCGGUUUAUAGCCCUGUCAGGACGGCGUUGGGAGGGCAGCCGAGGCGGAGGCCUGAGGGUUCCUUGGAUGAUGGCACACUGAGAAACUUCCUCUGAGCCCAGGCCCCUAUGGCAUCCCAAGACAAAGAUGUGGGGCCCUCACUGCCCUCUCCGUGGGCCUCCAAGAUGGGGCCCUGGAAGGCCAUUCUUGAGGCUGUCAGGGAGCAGCUUCCGUCUCUGGACUCGGAUUCCUCUUUGUCAGACUGCGGAGAAGAGGAGCUGUUCAUCUACCAGCGAAAUCAAACCACCCUGAUUCCAGACUUGUCAGAGGAGCUGGCUGAAGACCCUGAUGGGGCCUGGGUCGCUCCGGCCAACAGGUCUCCUCCUGAGCCACUUGUGGUACCUGUGGAGUUCUCAGCAGAGCCCUGGGGUGAAUGGAACGUAAGGAUGAAGGAAGGAAAGGACCCUGGCCAGCCCUUGGAGAGUGGUGGUGAGAGCAGCUCUCUUAGGAUGCCUGAGGAGACCCCCACAUGGCAGGAAGGUGACCUUGGAGACAUGUCUUUCAACACCAAAGGAUCCCCGAGUCCUCCUUGGGGGCCGCAGGGAGAAGCCACCCUCUGUCUCUCAGAAGAAGACCUGAGGAUGGAUCCAAAUGCUGUCCCCUGUGUUCAGAAGGGCUCAGACUCUGCAAACCGGAGAGCCCUCCGAAAAGAGAGAAGGAAGAUGAUCGAGAGAGACUUACUUCAUAAAGUCACCUGGGGUGCCAGGGGCCCUACCUGCAGUGACCACAGCCAAGUGAAGGAGACACCCUGUGAAUCUGCAUCCACAGGUCCGAGGCCAGGAAUGUCAUCACAGGGGCCCCGGGAAGGCCUGCCAGUGCUCUCCCUCGAGCAACUUGAAGAGUGGGAUUUGGAUCACAUCCUUCAGAGUCUGGCUGGACAAGAAGACGACCGGGGAGAUGGAGCACCUAGAGGAGUGUGGUGGGCAGCUGAUCACCUCCAGGGCCCAGAUCAUGCCAAGCCCAGCACCCAGGACAGGCUCAUGGAACAGCUCACCCUCCUAUGUGCCAAGCAAUUCAGAGCCUCUUCCUCUGCCUGGAAGGUGCCUGCAGACAUGCGCCCGGACAAUGAGCAGCUGGAGGCCAGAAGCAGAUGUGCUUUGACGGAGCUGAGUCAGCGUCGGCUAAGGAGCCCAGUGGAGCCUCCCACCAUCUUCAUCGACCUGAGGCCCACAGAGCCAUCAGACCAGGGGGCAUUGGAAAGCUCCGGCUCCAGCUCCAGCUCCAGCUCCUCUGACAGUGAGGAGGCAGGGGAAGAGGAGACAGCUGCUCGGAGAGACUGGCAAGGCCCAGGGGGGCUACGGGACUGUACUGGGAAAAGUCACCUUCUCCAGCAGCUCAGGGCUUUUCGGAAGGGGGUGGCUCAGCCCCAGUGGCCUGCCAACAAGGUUCCUAGGAGCCAGAAGGCUCCUGAAGAUACAGCUGGAUCUGGGGCUGGAAGGAAGCAACAUGUAACACUCUGAGUAUCCUUGUGGAGAGCCAGCAAGCUGAGGGCCCACAGGAGGAACUCCCGCGUCUCUCACCCUGUUUCUUUGCAAGCAUUAUCCCCCACCCCCCACCCUCAUUUUCAUAGUCCCUUCGUAACAGGCUGAAGCCCUGAUACAUGGCACCUCUGUUCCCUCCCCAACUUGUUUCCAAGAUUUUGCUCGUCAGUCUCCCACCCCAUUCCUCGCCUGCCCUAUGGGUAGAGCAGGAAAGUCAUCUGGGGUCUUCCCAUGCUGUGGACUGGGGUGGUCCAGCAGGGUCCUUGGCAUUUGGGUGCAUGUUCCAGCACUCAGCUAGGGUCACAGUUGGCUGCCAUCUGCUGAGGGUGGGCAAGGGUCUCUUCCCAUUUAGCUCUGCACCAGGCAAGACAAGCCCUGCAGGGCCUCAGCCAGCCACAGGAAGUCACGAUCAGGGCCACAGACACUAUUGAUCUGCCCACAGAGUUCCCACAACCAGCGCCCACUCACAACAAUGAAGGGCAUUUUCAUUAGAAGCCAGAUGCAACAGGGGCUUCCACAAGGCCAUAGGAGCCCCCAAGGAGACGUUCCUGCAGAGAAGGUGGCAGGCUGCUGUCGUCUGGGGUCCCCAAGCCCUGUCCCACCUGUGGAGGCCCCACACCCUCAGUUCUGGGGCACACACAGGACAGGGCAGCCUCAGUGCUGCACACCUCCACCUGUGCUGCCAGCCUAGCUGUCAAGAGCAAAGGCCAUUUUUUUCCUUUAACCCCAUUUCCCCCAUCUCUACCCCUUUUGAUGCCAGUAAGUUCAUUUAGGAUGUUUCACAGUAAUAGAAAAGAAACUUUGUUCCAAGUUCAACUUUGAAUUAUUCUGUCAAAGUAAGCUGGGAGGAUGAGGCGGUGGGAGUUUAUACCUGGAUUGAAAGCCUGUUCCGCCACUUGGAUAAGGUUCUUAGAGGUCUCGUGGCUUCAGUUUCCCCGUCUAUAAAAGAAGACUAAUGAAAAGUCCUACAUCAUAGCACUGCAUGUUCCAUAUCAUGGAACAGGCACAUGAUGGGCCCAUCAGACCAGGAAGAGGACAGCCUCCUCCGGCACCAGGCGGGACUUGAGAGAACUGAGGUGGGGCUCUUGGCUGUGUGUAUGUGGGGGCGGGUUGUCGGCAGUGUUGGACCAGCUAGAUCUGGCUGGGUAUACUUGUCCUACGAGAGCUCUGGAAGCUGGCCUAGAAGGUAAAAACCAUCUUUAAGCUAGGCGACCCCAUUCUCCAGCGAUAUGCAGGACAGAGAACAAUGGGGCUGGGAGGAGGACUGACAUAAUUAAGGGAGAACUGUCACAUGCCCUGGAACCUGGGUUGUGUAGAAAGUGAAAAUAUAUACAGCAAUUAAGUGACAAAACAGUGGAGCAUCAAGAACUGGCAUGAGGGCCAACGCCACCCAGCAAUAAGGAACAGUCACACUUCUGGAUAAAAUAUUCCAGAACCAGUGACUUCAGCAGCUGCCCCAUGACUCCAGAGAUGACUAAACUGGACAAGGACUCUAUACCUCUUCCCUCAGCCACUCAGGAGACCAUGGAUAUAGAGGCAUGUCUGCCUCAGACAAAGUAGGGCAACCAAGACUGGCCUGUAUCCUGGAACACGGCCACUUGGGGCUGGCGCAGAGGCAGCUCUGGCCCCUUACCCUGGGAGGAUGGCAAGGCCAGUCAAAUCCCCAGGCUUCCUCAUGGGUUGGGGAGGUCUGGAGAUGGAGUCAGGCAUCCAUCCUACGAAACUGUGGAUCUUCAAAGGUAACACCCAAAUCACCCCAUCUCCCUUUUUAAAAAUUUAUUUUUAUUGAUUUCAGAAAGGGAGAGGGGGAGA